AGUUGUCUGCAGCAGGGUCAAAACAUCUACAUAUAGGUGAUAAAGGAAUAUUAACAAUUUUUGGUACUGGGGUUCAAGCUAAAGCACAGGCUCUGCUUUUCAAUAUUUGUUUAAAUUUAACGAGGUUUGUCUGUUAUAAUAACGCACUUUUUAACCUUCCGUUAUUGCAGUGCUCCAAUAAAUUUUAUUGCUGGUGAAGGUUUGGAGCCGAAAUUUUGAAAAAGAUAAACAGUUAUGCUCAUGAUUGGGGCCAAAGUUCUCCGCAUCUCAAAAUGGAAAGGACUGUGCAAAAAAAUUGUAUAUUUAUUUUUAAAUAAUUUUAAACCCAUAUUACGGUCAAAUUCUCCCGCCAAAUUCGAAGAAAGAGGGAAUUAAAUUUUUCUUGUAAUCAAAACUAUAGAUUAGAGGCAAAUAACGUGCUAACCUUGAGAAGUCUCAGCACCUUUCCUCAGUGGAUUCGACUUGCAAGAAAAUCCUUUGGUUUUGAUCGUUCCAACUCAAAUCCACCUGCCCAAAACCACUUUGGAAAAACCAAAACUUACAAGUGUUAAUUUUUAUCGUAUUUGAAAUGCAUCCAUCUGUUGUCUAUUUGACAGAAACUGACGUUGAGAAAUGUUUAGAUUGGUCUUUGCUCAUACCAAAAAUGGAAUCGGCUUUAAUUCAAAUAGCGGAAAAAAGUGUAACACAACCACAACGGAUAAUGAUGAACAUUCAUGAAAAGAAUGGCAUGCUACUUGCAAUGCCAGGAUUUUCAUCCAAAGAUAACAGCCUUGGAUGUAAGCUUGUUACAUCGUAUCCCAACAAUACCAGAUUGGGACUCCCAUCAAUAAUGGCAACAAUUUUGCUUUUCAAUGCAGACACUGGAAAACCUGAAGUGAUUUUAGAAAGUCGUGCAAUUACUGAAUGGAGAACUGCAGCAACAUCUGCAGCAGCAACAAGACGUCUACAUAAAGGUGAUAAAGGGGUAUUAGCAAUUUUUGGUACUGGGGUUCAAGCUAAAGCACAUGCUCUGGCUUUUCAACAUUUGUUUAAUUUUAACAAGGUGAAGGUUUGGGGUCGAAAUUUUGAAAAAGCUAAACAGCUAUGCUCACAAUUGGGACCAAAGUUUUCCGCAUGCCAAAAUGGAGAAGACUGUGCAAAAGAUGCUGAUGUACUUGUUACAGCGACCUAUGCAGACCGUCCUAUUGUGCAGCAUUCAUGGCUAAAAACUGGGGUUUUAAUCAAUGCUAUCGGUGCUGGAAUCAAUCAUCACUCAGAACUUGAUGAAAAAAUAUACAGAAAUGCUAUUCUUGUUGUUGACGAAAUGGAAGCGGCACAAAAAGAGCUGAAAGGCCUCUUGGAGAAAUCUAUAAACAUUUGGGGUGAAGUUGGCGCUGUAAUUACUGGCCAAAAUACACUACCCAAUUCUGAAAUCACAAUAUUUCAUUCUUUGGGUAUGGCAAUUGAAGAUGUUUUAACUGCACAACUUGUUUACAAAAUAUAUAAACAAAAUUGUCCUAACAAUCAGGUGUAAAUGUGUCCUGCUGAUUAUUGAAUUAAACAUUUACGUGGUGAUGGAAGUGAGUUAAUACUCAAACAAAAAACAAUUAAGCGUUCAUUUUUCAAAUUUAUGAAUGUAAUAAAUGAAAAAUAUAACAAUGGA